AUGACUCGAAGCUAUCCUCUCGACUACACUAGCAAGGCAGACACAUACUAUCUGGCCUCUAAAGUCAAGGCCAAGCUCACAAGGGAAGCAGUCAAGAAUGACAUCAACCUUCAUAGACUUGUGUGCCAGGCAAACCUCCUGGACAACUUGAUCGACAAGCUGAACGCUGCCGAGGAAAGCAAAGGCCGUACGGUGUCUUUCGACAACAUCGCUAGCGAGAAACGCGUGCAAUUGGUGGAGCCCGUGAAGCCCGAACUCACGAAUCCUCAACAAUACGACGACGAUUUCUAUAGUGACAGCGAUAGCGACCCUGAUGAAGACUACGAGAACUACGAAGUGAGCAAACACCAAAGCAGCUCACUGUACAUGAACCACGAGCCGAACGGGUCGACGGUGACGAUAACGACGGAGUGCGUGGACUCGGAUGAGGAAGACGAUAUGCCUUCUCUUUCGAGCUGUUCGAGCGAGAGCGAGUCUGAUUACGACAGCGACGAGGAGGCCGACCAGGUUCACGUGCAACACGUUGAGCAUGCUGACAGAGCGAAAAUCGAGGCUGCGCGCAAUUUGCUGAACUUGCGGAGAAAUAUAGUCGAGUGUAUAUGA